AUGAAAGUGUCCGUUCUCUCCCUAGCCGUGGUCGCUGGUCUGGUCCAGCAGUCUACUGCCGGUGGUGGCGACUAUGACCACUGCCGUCCCAACGCCUGCAACAACGCCGUCACCAACCGUGGCAGUCCGCCGCUCAACUCGGCCGCCAAGGACGACUGCCGUUCGUUCUUUGCCUGCAAUCCUGUCACCACCACGGACUGUCUCAAUACCAUCACCGUCUGGGAUACCGUCUCCAAGGAGCCCGUCACGAAGACCCUCGCCACCACCACGACGUGGGUCACUCUGGGGACCAACGCCUACACCGACGUCGAGACCAACACCGUCAUCGGCGUGACCAAGACCCUCUUCGACACGGUCACGGUCGCCACCGAUGUCGUCACCGUCACCAAGUUUACGCCCACCGAGACCAGCAAAGAGACCACGACGGUGUACACAGGCCAGCCACUCGACCGCCGCGACCGCGGCGGCGAGGUGGGGAAGCAGCCACGGCUGAAGAAGCGGAACAACCGGUGCAAACCUUCACUGCCGUCGUCGUCGAGCCAGAGCCCGUCGAGCUCCUCGUCUCCUCCUCCGUCAUCAAGCCACAGCCAGUCGAGCCAGUCGUCUACUCCUCCCACGUCGUCGCCAUCGCCGCCGUCGUCAUCGCCGCCGUCGUCAAGCCAGAGUCUGUCGAGCCCCUCAUCUCCUCCUCCUACAUCGUCGUCAAGCCACAGCCAGUCGAGCACCUCGUCGCCGCCUCCCACGUCGUCAUCACCGCCGUCGACGUGCCCCUUCCCCGUCCCCACAUACGCAGCGGCCUGCGGCGACGCUACCCACUACGCCAGCGCCUGCUCCUGCGGUGGCGUCAAGGCCACGACCACGACGAUCACGGUCCAGGCCACUACUGUCACACGCACCACAACGGUCACGCCCACUGUCACAGCCACGUCGACCAAGACCAAGACAACAUACACCCGCGUGACCACGACCACGUUUGUGACCAAGAUUGCGACGACAACGAUGUUGAAGGAACAGGACGUCACCAAGACAAGAACCCAGACGAUUCGGCAGACCAAGACGGUCACUGCGACCACCACGCUGACGCUGCCCACGUGUACCAACAAGGCGAUUACGGCCACAGGCUAUACGGGCGGCAGCGGGGGCAAGCCGCCGACCAAGGACACGCUGCCGUUCAACGUCCGCUGUUUCACGCUGAUCCAGCCGACCAACUCCGACUGCAGCUCGUCGUGGUCGUCGGAGAACUCGGUCGGCGCGUGCGCGUCCAACUGCGCAAGCAACAGCGGCUGCGAUGCCUUCAUGUUCCAGAUUGCGACACGCCAAUGCACGCUCUUCUACAAGCUGAAGACGUACAAUCUGGUGGCCAACAACGGCUACGUAUCGGGGCUGCAGCCGUGA